CCGAGGCUGAUGGCGGCGGCCGAGAAGUUGGCGGCCGAGAAGUUGGCAGCAGAAGAGGCUGUGGAGACUGAGAAUCCGGGAGCUCUGAAACCCGGAGCCGCCCCGUUCGGAAAUUUCCCUCAUUAUUCUCGCUUCCACCCUCCCGAGCAAAGGCUCCGCCUUCUACCCCGGGAGCUUCUUCGACAGCUCUUCCCUCCCGAGGGUCCCGAGAGGAGGCCGAUCCUAGGGCUCGACGUGGGGUGUAACUCCGGGGACCUGAGUGUGGCUCUGUGCAAACAUUUCCUUUCCCUGCGUGAUGGGGAGCCCUGCUCAGGUGCCUCCAGAGACCUCCGCCUCCUCUGCUGUGAUAUAGAUCCAGUCCUUGUGGAGCGAGCCGAAAAAGCAUGCCCUUUUCCCGAUGCUUUGACCUUUGUCACCCUGGACAUCAUGGAUCAAAGGAACAGGAAGGUUCCCUUGACUUCUUUCUUAGGCCAGUUUGGACGUUCUGUUUUUGACAUUGUCUUCUGCAUGUCAGUAACCAUGUGGAUUCAUCUGAACCAUGGGGACCGUGGUCUGUGGGAGUUCCUGGCCCAUCUCUCCUCUCUCUGUCACUACCUCCUUGUGGAGCCACAGCCCUGGAAGUGUUACCGGGCUGCUGCAAGGCGCCUCCGAAAGCUGGGACUCCAUAACUUUGAUCACUUCAGCUCUCUCACCAUCCGAGGCGAUAUGGCCAGUCAGAUCGUGCGGAUCCUGACGCAGGACCAUGCAAUGGAAUUAGUGCGCUGCUUCGGCAACACCAGCUGGGACCGAAGCCUUCUGCUCUUCAGAGCAAAGCACACCGUGGAGACUCAUCAACCCUGAACCGCUGACAAAAGAGACAGAAAGGAAGAAAUGGGAAUUCGGAAUAGGAGGGCAAGCAGGAAGAGCACCAGGGACACAAUGUAACGCUUUCAUACUGAGAAUCGCAUUCACAUCCUGGAGCAAUGGAGCGCCAGACCUGGCAGGAACUUUUGGCAGUGUCUGAAGCAAGCAACUGAAAGAGUGUCUGUGUUCCCGAUGUUUGGAUAGCCCCUGAGGGGAAUGAAUUCAGAGAGCAGUGAGCUAGGCGUCUGGAUGGAGAUUGUCCUGGGGAGUGAAACUGCCUUUGAAAGCUGUCUUGUUUGCUGGGGACCAAAGUUAGGGUCUUGUGUGUGCUAGUCACAUAGUCUACCCCCAAGCUACACCCCCAGCUCUGUGGGGUGUUUAUAAAAGUCAGACCGGGUUAGUAGACUGUGUCUUCUCUUCUGUUUACUUAUUUUUACUUUAUGUGCAUUGGCAUUUUGCCUGCAUGUAUGUCUGUGUGAGAGUGUCGGGUCUGUGAGUGCUGGGAAUUGAACUUGGGUCCUCUGGAAGAGCAGUCAGUGCUCUUCAGUGUUGAACCAUCUCCGGAGUUGCACACUGCCACUUCUUUGAACUCCUUAAAUCCACCCUGGAUCUCCAGCCUUUUCUGGACUUGCUUGGCUGCCUUGAAACAGAGCCUCGUGAUGAAAUCUGCAGCGAGAGGCCCUGGACUGGCUACAGGGAGUGGUCAGGAGGGAAAGCAUUUCAUCUUUCUAGAAGAGGCCAAGCCUCACGCAGUAGUUAUGCACUAAAAGACACACAACAUUUUAAAAAAUACUUAGAAGCUGGGUAGAGUGGCAGAUGCUAGCUAGCACUUGACAGGCAGGGGCAGGAGGAUCAGGAGUUCAAGGACAGCUUUAAGGCCAGCCUGGCCUAUAUGAGUCCCUCCUGUCUUCAAAAAAGCAAAACCAGUGUGAUGACAGCAGAUGUCUAGGGCUCAGGGUAAAGUUAACUGUACCUGUUUACUCGGUACCUAUAAGGUUUGAUCCCUAGCCUUCUCAUCCCCCACAAAAAAACAACAAAAAGAAUUUAAUUAUGAACCCUAAGACAGGUAGUGAUUUGUGAUUUGGUUCUACAAUACAGCUCAGCAAUCUUGCUUUCUCUUCCUCUUCCUUUGCCGUCUCUCUUUAGUUUUCAGGACCAGAUCGAACAUGGGACCUUGUACCCACAGGCAAGACUCUGCCACUGAGUCCAUCCCAGCCUGGUUUGAUUUUGUUUUAAUUUUUGUUUUGUUUUUUGACCAAAGGCAUCUCUAGGUAGUCUUGGUUGUCUUGGAUAUUGUUAUAUUGACCAGUCUGGCCUUGAACCACCACCUGGCAACAACGUAAACCUUUAAUCCCAGCACUUGGAAGGCAGAGGUAGGUGGAUUUCUGUGAGUUCGAGGCCAGCCUGGUCUACAAGAGCUAAUUCCAGGACAGGCUCCAAAGCUCCAGAGAAACCCUGUCUCGAAAAAACAACAACAAAAGGCUUAUAUUGUCAUGCCCGGCCUUGUAUUUCUUUAUUGCAGCAAAAUUUAUGUGACAAUAUUUGUCAUGGUAGCCAUUUUAAUUUAUUUAUGGUAUGUGUAUUUUGUUUGGUCUGCAUGUAUGUCUGUGCACCAUGUGCAUGCAGUGCCCAAAACCACCAGAAGAGGGAAGCAGAUCCCCUGGAACUGGAGCUGGCCAUUUUUAAGCAUACAAUUCUGUGGCAUUAAGUACAUUCACAGUGAAGGUUCUGUUCUUAGCAGGCUCUUUGAUCUGGUACAAGUGAAGAGAGACCACUGACGGCUUGGGAUUCUCUCUAGCCUUCUGCUAACAGGCCUUCCUUUCCUGAUGCUUUAACUUACCCCUGAUGGCAGCUCCACCCCCAAGGCUCCAGACUAAUGCUGUCCUGUUUUGUAAUCAUAAUCCCCCAAAGUAGUUAUUAGGCAUCUCAGAUUCAAAAGAUCCCAAAAGCAAACUAAUCCUAUUCCAACCUAAUCCCAUUUGGCGCUCAUUUAUUGCACACACGAGAGACUCCAGUUGGCUUCUGUCUGCUCCCCACGCUGAAAUAGGUGUAGUCCAGCCCGUAGUCUACCCCAAUCACUGCACCCAUGCGGCAGCACCUGCCUUCUGAAGGCAGGAUGCGGGUCCUGGGCCCUGCCUUCAGCCAUAGCCAUACCCACACACCAGAAAUAGCGCUCUCCUUUUCCUGAACUCAGGUGAGCUAAGAAUCAAGGAAUUUUUCGGAAUAAAGUAUUAAACAAAAAUAAG